AUGCGUACGCUUCCAGCAAGCGCUGCUUCUUCCGGCGACGGCGACGGCAACGGGCGAGUGAAAAGCGGGGCCCGAAUAUGGCGGUCCGAGGGCGCCGGAGUGUCGACGUAUCGGUUGAUUGAGUAUGCCAAGUCCGAAGAUACGGGAAUUGCGGGUCGCUCUGCCGGCGCGACCGGAACAGGGGUCGGGCCUGUUGGUGCUCCGUUGGAGACUCUACGCGGCCAGAACACCGUGGGGUCAGCAGGAGAGACCUCAAAAACGCGACAGGCUGACUCUAAAGAGUCUGCAGAUGGCUUCACGCUACUCACUUGUGGCUGUAAUUAUACACAGCGCCAGUGGACGAGGGUGGCAUCGUUGCAGUGGGAUAAUCUUGCCAAGAACGAUUCCAGGUCAAGGAACAAAAUUGCUGUACGGGACAGCUGUAUGGUUCGGAUGGGUGGGUGGGGCCGACAGUUGUCCGAAGUUUUUCGGGUGCGGAAUACCGAUGGGUCUUCAGUACCGGAGAGUGAGGGCCUCGAGUUCAUCGGUAUCACUGGACAGAUGGAAGCAGACAACGUCAAGCAAGCUGAUGCAAGAGGUUUAGACGGAAUAUUUAAGAGCAUCAAAUCGCUGGCGGAGGAGAGACGAAACUCAGCUGGGAAGGGUAGGGAGGCCAUCGAACAACCUCUCCACGGAGGCAGCCUUACGCUAGACGAGAGAACGCCUCCCGCGAACGACACCAUCAAGCAACAUGCGUAUGAGAUCCCGCACCGUUGGAGCCAGAACGGCGGUCGCGCCAUCCAAACAGUGACGUGA